AUGUUAACUAACUCAAUGGAGACGAGUCCUUGUGACAUGACUCAGCUCGAUUCCGAUUCGCAUCUCCCUCCUAGAAAGCGAUUACUUGCUGGUUUCAAGAAACUAAACUCCAACAGCAACGGAUCUUCUUCUUCUUCUUCGCCUUCUCCUUCAGCUUUCGCUUCUUCUUCCUCAACUUCAAACUCAAACGGAUCCUCCUCCUCUGCUCCAACCGAUGUCCAAACCCAUCUCGACAACUUAUUAGCCUCCCGUUUCAACACCGACCAGAAUCAGUCACCGGAAGAGCUCGUGGAGGCAGCGAGAUCCGCCGCCGCUUUAGCGGUGAAAGCCGCAAAGGCGGCGAGGGCAGUGGCGAACGAGAAGGCCUUGAUUUCCGCAAGGGCGAUCGCUGCAGCCAAGAGGGCACUGGAACUGGUUGAUUCUUUCCCUAAAGAAGCAAUGGCUGUUGUUGCUGAUUGCAAGGAGAGGCCUCUUAAGAAGAACAAGCAGAAGAAACAAGUCCCCGUUGAGUUCUUGUAUUCAAAGGGACGGUUAAGAGACGAGGAAGCGCGUAGGUUGCAUCGAGCUAUAGACGGUAGGUACCUUAAUGUCUUGGGAACUCGCUCCGGUUACGAGGAGGAUGGUCGAAUUAACAAGAAGCAGAAGAUGAACAAGACCGUAGUUGAAGUUGGGAGUAGUAGAGUGACCGAUGACAUUGCUGGGGUUGUGGAUUCAGACAGCUCGUAUGAACGGUUAGAAUUAAACAGGAAGACGCCCGAAGUGUUUAAACCGGAUGAACCGGAUUCGAUUCCGACACCGGGGAAGGAAAAAACAGAGGAAGAAAGUAACUCAUUGGCUAAAAGAAGAGGAAGAGUGAAGCUAAAGAAGCUUCCUUUGAGCAUUUGUAAUUCUAGGGACCAAGGAAACGGAACUUCCUCCGUGGCUCAUCCGCCGGAAGACGGUGUGAUCUCGGUCGUACCGGGAUCAAAAACGUCAUGGAAAUGCCAGGACCUGAAGGCUCCGGAAUGUGUGAAGCAGAACAAAGCCGUACGGUCGUAGGGACACCGUGUAUUCAAGAUUUGGUCAGCAUUGCCAUUUUGAGUAGAAGAAUCACAUUGUUGUUUCCUUUUUUGGAUGUGUUUGAAUUUAUGUUAUGAUACUGGAAAUAAUAUUAUAUCUACAUAUAUACUGGAAACCAUCUUGGUUUGAUAUUUGGAUUCAUAGAUGAGGGAAAAUUACUCACUUUUGUUGAAUGUUAUGUUUUGAUUUAUCUUUUUUUUCCUAUUCUUUACAACAUUACUCAAGAAAUGGGUUUAUUUGUUAAAACAUUGAAAA